AUGCUGAAUAUCAAUACCAACUUCCCUGGAGCAAUGGACAACAAGCUACGCCUGACAACAGGAUGCUCUGAAUCAAACUUCCAACCGGAAGUUUGCCGCUGGAUUGAUCCAUUCCCACUCACUCACGCAAUGAAUUUGAGUUAUCGAGAUGACAAAGAGUUUGAUUUGGGAUCCAUUCUCGACUAUGUGCCGUCCUCGACAUUAGUUGAUCAAUCGACUGAGAACAAAUCGAUUCAAGAGAACGUGCUCAAACGACCUAUCAUCCAGAUCGAAGACAAUGACUAUGAGAACCUCAACAGCAGAGCAUCUCGUUUCAAACGUCAUCGUACAUGCAACGAUGUUGCAAUCAGUAGUGCUACUGAUGUGUUCCCAGCUGAUGCAACCAGUAGUGCUGUCGAUGUGAUCCCAGAUGCUUCAAUCGUUGCUACUGGUGUGCUCCCAGAUGUGGAAAUCAGUGCCGCUGAUGUGUUCCCAGAUGUGGCAACAACUGCCGCUGAUUUGUUCCCAGAUGUGGCAACAAGUGCUGCUGCUGCUCAUAAUGUGACCCCGGAAGUGGAAGGAUACCCCCGUUUUCGAAAUCAUCAGGAAAAACAGUGGCAGAAGCAAUUCCAGGCGCUUCUGGAAUUCAAACAGAAGCAUGGACAUUGCUGUGUUCCAAACAAAUACGAUGAAAAUCCGGUUCUAGGAAGAUGGGUCAAGAGACAAAGAUACCAACACAAACUACUACUCCAGCAGGGGAAGAAGUCCACGCUGGUCCCUCAUCGCGUCAAAGCAUUGGAGGAUGCUGGCUUCAUCUGGGAUUCUCAUUCGGCUUUAUGGGAAGAGCGGCUUAAUGAACUCAAAGCUUAUCGUCGAGCCCAUGGUCACAGCAAUGUACCAUCGACUUGCACUGCAAAUGCGCAGCUAUCGACUUGGGUGAAAUGCCAGCGCCGCCAGUACAAGUUAUUCUUGGAGGGCGACCCGUCCUCCAACCUUUCACCAGAGCGCAUAUCCGCUUUGAACAAGAUUGGCUUUCAGUGGUGUGGACGGCUGGCCAGAAGGAAAGGUACAAUCAGUCCCUCUCAUUAA